CCCAUAGAGUGAAAGUGAUUGAGACCUUCAGUGAAGCUCUUCCUACAACAAUCCACCAAUAAAUGCUGGAGUCAAACACACAGAGAAAUCACUCCAUGAAAUCUUCAUGACAUAAUGUUGAUGCUGGUGAAAGAGGAACUUGAGAAGAUGACAGAUCCACAACCAUGCAGAAUAAAGGAUGAAGAUACUGAGGAACAAAUAGAUAAUAUGGAAAUGAAAAAGGAGAGUCAAGCUGAAGUGGAUGAAAAACAUCAGAUUGUAAAAAUAAACCAUAAUGUUUCACAGAAAGAAGACAUAAAGUGUGAAAAUAGUUUCAGUGAAGAUGAACGCCCUGCAGAUCACAAGAGGACUCACAGUGAGGAGAAACCUUUCACAUGUCAACAGUGUGUAAAGAGUUUCAAAACAAAAGCUCAUCUUAACAUACAUGUGAGGGUUCACACCGGAGAGAAACCUUACACAUGUCAACAGUGUGGAAAGAGUUUCAAAACAAAAGCUCAUCUUAACAUACAUGUAAGGAUUCACACUGGCAAGAAAGCAUUCAAGUGCCACCAGUGUGGAAAGAGUUUCACCUUUCAAUCAGGCCUUUACCGGCACAUGAAAGCUCACAAUGGAGAAAAGCCACACGCGUGCCAGCAUUGUGACAAGAGUUUCUCAUUUACAAGUGAACUUAAGAUACACAUGAGAUCUCACACUGGAGAGAAACCACAUGUGUGCCAUCAGUGUGGAAACAGUUUUGCAACUGUAAGUGUCCUUAAGAUACAUUUGAGAAUUCACACUGGAGAGAAACCUUACACGUGUCGACUAUGUGGACAAAGUUUCACACAUCAAACGAGCCUUAUCCGGCACAUGAAAACUCACAGUGAGGAAAACCCACACGCGUGCCAUCAUUGUGGCAAGAGUUUCCCAGAUAGAAGUCAACUUAAGAGACACGUGAUGUCUCACACAGUAAAGAAACCACAUGUGUGCCAUCAGUGUGGAAGGAGUUUUAUAUCUGCAGCUGAAAUUAAGAAACACAUGAGGUCUCACACUGGAGAGAAACCAUUCACAUGUCAUCUGUGUGGAAAGAGUUUCUCUGUUAAAAGAAACCUUAAGAUACACACAAGGAUUCACACUGGAGAGAGACCUUACACAUGCCAUGAGUGUAAAAAGAGUUUUAUAACAAAAUCUAACCUUAACUCACACAUGAGAAUCCACACUCGAUAGAAACCAUUCAUGUGUCAACAGUGUGAAUAUGGCAACAAAGCUUAGAAAUCAGCUGAGGUCUUAUU